UCCAGCUGUCCAAAUGUCCAAUUCUCCCGUAUAGUUAUUUUAUUUUAUUAUAAUAUCAAAUUCUUUUUAUUUGCGAAAGUUUGAAUUACUUUUGGAGUAUUUAUGCUCUUCCCUCCAAAUUCCAAUUCCUCAGAUUUACAUAGAUUUUUUUCCUUAUGUUUGGUAGUUAUGCUGUUAAGGUUUUCCCAACUGCUGCUACCAUGAAGCUCGCGAUCUCCACCCCCUCCUAUUCUUUGAUAGCAUCCGCCAUUAAAUCUUCGAUAGCCCAAAAUUCUCUACCAGUUGGCAAAUCCCUCCAUGCUCAUAUCAUCAAGAUUGGAUCUUUACAUGAGACUGUUCUCUGUAACCAUCUCCUUAACCUUUACUCUAAAUCCCACCAACCGGACGAUGCCCGCAAGCUCUUCGAAGAAAUGCCCGAAAGAAACCUGAUCUCUUAUUCCACCUUAAUAUCUUCCAAUUCUAGAUCUGGUGAUCCCAAUCUUGCCUUGCAUCUGAUGGCUGAGUUGCAUAAAUUAGCCUUUGAGCCCAACCAGUUCGUGUUCUCUAGCUCAAUUGCAGCUUGUUCCAAGUUGAAAUAUUUGAGCUUGGGGGAGCAAAUGCAUGCCCAAGUGAUUGUCUCUGGUUUUGGAUCAGACUCUUUCGUGAGCACAACUCUAAUCGACAUGUACUCAAAGCUUGGUUAUCCAGAGUUGGCUGUUUCAGUUUUCAGGCGGCGCCUAGUUGGCGAUCCAGUCAUGCUUAAUUCUAUGAUUUCCGGUUAUGUGAGCUUUGGUGCCUAUGAGGAUGCUCUACGGCUCUUUGGAGAAGCAAGGCGGGAUUUUGAUUUCAAGCCAACAGAAUUCAGUUUCGGUAGCUUGAUUAAGGCCUGCUCAGAAUCGGAAAGGGAUAUUGGGGAGCAAAUUCAUGGUUUUAUAGUGAAGACUGGAUUUGAUUCUAAUUGUUUUGUUGGAACCUCUCUCAUUGAUAUGUAUGGUAGGUUCGGAGAUAUAGAAAGCUUGGAAACAGUUUUCAAGAACAUCAUGUCUGCUGAUACUGCUGUAUACAAUGCCAUGAUUGGUGGAUAUUCGAAAAAUGAGCUAGAUGGGAUUGCACUGCAAUAUUUCUCUGAGCUGAGGUUGGAAAGCUUCGAACCAAAUGAGUGCACAUUAUCUGGUGCUCUUAAAUCCUGUGGUGGUUUGAAGUCUUUUGACUUGGGAAGGACAAUUCAUGGGAUUGUGGAGAAGUCCAGGUUUCAGCAAAAUUUGGUAGUUAACACUGCUUUGAUUGAUAUGUACAUGAAAUGUGGUAUGGUGGCAGAAGGUUGUGAAGUUUUUGAUUGCAUGCGGGAAAGAAAUACCAUCUCGUACAAUUCAUUAAUUUCUGGGCAUGGGCAAAAUGGAAAUUUUAGUGAGGCUAUUGCCCUGUUUGUUGAGAUGAACCGCCAACAUCUAGACAUGGAUCUUGCUACCUUUGUUGCUUUGAUGCCAUCAUGCUGCGGACAUGAAUGGAGCCUCUAUGUUCAUGUAGUUAAGCAUGGUUUUGGGUCAGAUUUGAUGGUCAAAAAUGCACUAUUAGAUGGUUUACUCAAAAAGGGUGCAGCAGAGGAGGCUAUAGAAUUUUUCGGUAAGAUGAAAGAGAGAAAUGUUAUCUCAUGGACGACAAUCAUAUCAGGACUCACUCAGUUGGGUCUCCAUUCCGAUGCAAUAGAGCUCUUUAAAACAAUGUGCUCUACAGAAGUCUAUCCUAACAGUUUCACUUUUUCCAGCAUCUUAAAGGCUUGUGGUCACCUAACUGGUUUAGACCAAGGAAGAUGCAUCCAUGGAUGCAGCAUAAAGCAUGGGAUAAUGGAUGAAUUCACCAACAGUGCUAUGUUGGAUAUGUAUGCAAGAUGUGGAGCUUUGGAAGAUGGCAGAAGGCUGUUUGAUGAACUCAUGAACAAAGACAUAGUCUUUUGGAACACAAUGAUCUCUGGAUAUGCCUAUCAUGGACAUGGGCAUGAGGCACUGGAUCUAUAUGCUAAGAUGGAAAAGCAUAAUAUUGAUCCGAACCAUGUGACUUUUGUUUCUCUUUUGUCAGCAUGUAGCCACUGUGGUCUAGUUGAAAAUGGAGUUCAACUCUUUGAUAAGAUGGCUUCUAUGUAUGGGAUAGUCCCAUGCAUGGAACACUAUGGAUGCAUGGUUGAUCUGUUUGGAAGGGCUGGAAUGUUGGAUAGGGCAAGACUCUUUAUUGAAAACAUGCCGUUUGAGGCUGAUGCAUCCGUGUGGACAGUAUUUUUAGGUGCUUGCAAGGUUCAUGGUAAUGUUGAGCUAGCACGACUUGCUAGGGACCAUGUAAUGGGAAUGCAAGGGGAAGAAAGCCCAACACUUGUCCUCAUGUCCAAUAUGUAUUCUGAAGUAGGAAAGUGGGAUGAUGCAGAAAAUGCCAGGAGGAGAAUGAGAGUAGGAUUGAGAAAGGAACCUGGAUUAAGCUGGGUGAGGACUACAGAAGAGCCUCUAUGCAGUAAUGGUGCUAUUUAACAAAAAAUGUCCUUUGGCUGCUACAUGAAGAAUUUGCAAUGAGUGCUUUGAAUAGAAGGGGUACAUGGAACAACCAAUAGAUUGCUGUUGUGAAGGAUGACAACAGAUUUGGGCUGGGUGAGGACUACAGUUAUGGUGCUGGGUGAGGACUACAGAAGAGCCUCUAUGCAGUUAGGGUGCUAUUUAACAAGAAAUGUCCUUUGGUUGCUACAUGAAGAAUUUGCAAUGAGUGCUUUGAAUAGAAGGGGUACAUGGAACAACCAACAGAUUGCUGUUGUGAAGGAUGACUGAAACAUGGGCUUCUCAGAGCUUUCCAUCUGCAUUCUACCAUUUAAGCAUGAAUCAGAUCUACAUGGUACAGAGCGUUCUUAUUCCCAACCAGAACUAUUCAAAUUUCUCAUUAAUGGCAAGCUCUUAUGCCUCUCAAGAAAUUACUUUUAGCAGUGGGCAUCUCUGCGGAAUGUUUCUGGUUAUCAUUCUACUGAAUGUCUUUCCUCCCUUGGCUUUUCUCCUAUAAAUUCUAAUUCUAGUUGGAUUAUCAUGAAUUGCAGGAGAAAAUAUUUAAAAACAGAUACAUAAAGGCAUGCUCCACAGGAUAAGCAGGAUCCUUGUUUUCUUGAUGAUUGAGUCUGUCAGAGCAAGUAAGAGUUCUAAAUUGGGGUGGACAUUGUUUUUAAUUAGAUACUAUUACCAAUGACUCCUCUUCUUGUUCAUAUAUUCUUACCUGAUUUUGAUGUAGUUUAGUUUGCCACGGCACACCCCUAUGGUUCUUGAUAGAAUACUUCACAUCUGCUGUACGUUGUACUUCAGGAUGACAAUGGAAAUUUCAGUGCCAUGCCUCAUUUGAUAAUA